ACGGCCGCGUGGGGGUGUAAAUCCAAGCGCCCUCUAUUUUGUCCGAUGAUUUUGUCGCAUGUUUGGUGACGUACAGUAGUCGACUUGUUCUGAAGUCUCCAGGGCCGAGGCCUAGAGACUUUUUAGUAGCGGGCGCUACCCAUGUCUUUCGUGGAUGCCUAACUCGUUUCCAGCGCCCGUCCUGACCGGGUGUUAAUCGAUGAAGCACUUCAUCAGAUAGCUAAAGCAGAAACGGUGGGAAGCGUUAGCCAGCUUGUUGAGGCUACCAAGAAGUGCCAGCGAGGAAGUGAGGAAGGGAAAAAAAUGACAUCUCGGAGAUGGUUUCAUCCCAACAUCACAGGCGUGGAAGCCGAAAACCUCCUUCUGACUCGAGGAGUGGAUGGCAGCUUUUUGGCCAGACCAAGUAAAAGUAAUCCAGGAGACUUCACUCUCUCAGUACGGCGAAAUGGAGCUGUCACCCACAUUAAGAUUCAAAAUACAGGGGACUACUACGACCUCUAUGGUGGGGAGAAGUUUGCCACUCUUGCAGAGCUGGUGCAGUAUUACAUGGAGCAUCAUGGGCAGCUGAAAGAGAAAAAUGGAGACGUCAUCGAGCUCAAGUAUCCACUCAACUGUGCAGACCCCACGUCGGAGAGAUGGUUCCACGGACACUUGUCGGGCCGGGAGGCGGAGAAGCUGCUGACGGAGAAAGGCAAGAACGGCAGCUUCCUGGUGAGAGAGAGCCAGAGUCACCCGGGGGACUUCGUCCUGUCGGUCCGAACUGGAGAUGACAAGAUGGACUCCAGCGACAGCAAACCCAAAGUUACUCAUGUCAUGAUCCACUGCCAGCAUGACCUGAAGUACGACGUGGGUGGAGGGGAGAAGUUUGAUUCCCUCACAGACUUGGUGGAGCACUACAAGAAGAACCCCAUGGUGGAAACCCUCGGCACCGUGCUUCAGCUCAAACAGCCCCUAAACACUACUCGUAUAAAUGCAGCAGAGAUUGAAAGUCGAGUUCGAGAGCUGAGUAAACUAGCGGAGGCCACUGACAAGGUCAAACAAGGUUUCUGGGAGGAGUUUGAGACUUUACAGCAACAGGAGUGCAAACUGCUCUACAGCCGCAAAGAGGGUCAGAGACCAGAGAACAAAAACAAGAACCGAUACAAGAACAUCCUUCCUUUCGACCACUCGCGUGUGGUGCUGAACGACGGGGACCCUAACGAACUAGGCUCCGACUACAUCAACGCCAAUAUCAUCAUACCGGAUGUGAGCCUAAACAACACCAACAAAGUAAAGAAGAGCUACAUAGCUACUCAGGGCUGCUUGCAGAACACCAUCAGUGACUUCUGGCGGAUGGUUUUUCAGGAAGAGUCUCGAGUCAUCGUCAUGACCACCAAAGAGGUGGAAAGAGGAAAGAGUAAGUGUGUGAAGUACUGGCCAGACAUGUCUGCUCUGAAGGAGUAUGGCGCCAUGCGUGUUCGCAAUGUCAGGGAGACGACCGCCCACGACUACACCCUACGAGAACUGAAGCUGUCCAAAGUUGGGCAGGCUAACACAGAACGCACAGUGUGGCAGUACCACUUCAAAACCUGGCCAGACCAUGGUGUUCCUGCUGACCCAGGUGGUGUACUGGACUUCCUGGAGGAAGUCAACCUCAAACAGGAGAGCGUUGCUGAUGCUGGGCCAAUAACGGUACACUGCAGUGCAGGGAUCGGGCGGACAGGAACAUUUAUUGUGAUAGACAUCCUGAUAGAUGUGAUCAGAGAAAAGGGGGUGGACUGUGAUAUUGAUGUACCAAAGAGCAUCCAGAUGGUUCGUUCUCUGCGCUCUGGGAUGGUGCAGACGGAGGCCCAGUACAGGUUCAUCUACAUGGCUGUGCAGCACUACAUAGAAACCCUGCAGAGGCGCAUAGAAGAGGAGCAGAAAAGUAAGAUCAAAGGGCGUGAGUACACCAACAUAAAAUACUCUUUGUCUGACCUGAGUGGUGGAGAGCAGAGCCCUUUGCCUCCUUGCACACCCAUUCCCACUCCCACCUGCACAGAGAUGAGGGAGGACAGCUCCAGGGUCUAUGAGAAUGUGAGUCUGAUGCAGCAGCAGAAGAGCUUCAGAUGAGACUGACCUUCAACAGCAGAGUGCUGCUAUUAAUUCCAGGAUCUUGAUACCUGACAGUUUUCGCCAGCCACACCUUGAAGCCUGAGACUCAACCAUGAUGACGCAGGACACUGGGGGGGGAGAGGAGAGGGUGCCUAAACAGAACAAACUAAACUACGAGGGAGACCAGACACCAGAGUCUGCAGCGGCGGCACCUUUUUCUUGAUUUUUCUACACAAACAUUUUCCCUUGAGUUGAAUUUGAAACCACUGUGAUCGUCAGAGGAGAGGCCUAACCAACUCAUUGAACAGGUUGAGUUCAGCCUUUGUCCAUCCGACCUAACACGGGUUAUCAACAGGGAGCACUCUCCUCUCCUCAGAGGGACAGACACAACUAACCUUCACUCAUCUUGCUUUUUUCUUGUAAUUUUUAAUGACCAAAGUAACAAAGAUUUUGAAAAAUACACAAGGAGUUUCUUGGAAAAGGCUUGUGCCAAACCCACAAGUAUAUAUAAAUAUAUAUUUUUAAGCUACAGUUUGUAAACACUUACCACGUUAUUAAUCUGGUUAGCCUUUAAGUGCGUUCAGGCUGAAGGAGAUGAGGGUAACAUUUCCAGCCAUUAGUGUCAGUAUUCAAAACAACAUCACAUGAUUUAGGAUUCUUAGAGAGUUUUUCUUUUUGGUGUGGAACCAGCUGAAAGAGAAACUCAAAUCCAGUCCGCUUAGAGACUAAAUGGUCUCAUCUGUCUGGUUGACAGAUUUAAGUCAUCUUCACACUCUCCUACGUCACCACUCCUGGGCUCAAACUGAACAUCAUCAAUGCUGCAGCAUGGUAGCUCCACUCAAGCCCUGUAUAACCUUUAUGAAUAUAAUCUAAUCUGGGUUUAGGGAGGAGUUACCAUAGCAGCCUGCAUUUCUCUGUCACAGUCAGUACGUUGACCUUUUAAGGUUUGAGGGGAAUCUAUUGUGUAUUUUAGUUGCAGGCAUCGCUGCAGACUCAUGGCAGUGCCAAAACUUUUCUUCAGUUUUUUUUAAAGUGCAUAUUAACUCUUUCUUUUUGAGGACAAAUGCCUUUUGUGUACCAUUGCCUAUUUUGAGCACCACAUGUACUUAAGUUUAAGAUUUUGUGUUUGAUGAAGCGAUCCCGUGUCUCUCAGCUUUGACCGCGUAGAUCAGUCAUGGAUGUGAUUGUAGUCCAAUGGUUUAUUCACACACGUGCCGCUAAGCUUAGAAGUGUAAGUGAGAGUAUGUUUGCUGAUCUCUUAGUCUGGGUUCAAUUCAAAGCAGUUGUUUGACAUUUCGGAAAAUACACUUAAAUGUAAUAGUUAGGGAAAAUGAUCUAAAGAAACAUUAACUUUACUCGUCUUUAAUUUUGAGAUUAAGUUCUGACUCGUGACCCACCCCCCCACCCAAAUAAAUCAGGUGAAGCACAUCUUGAUAAAAUGUCUCCAUCCCUAAAACGCACCUCGAAGAGGGAGGAUGCACAUGUGUGACCUUUUCUGCAUCAGAAAUCACAAAUUGUAUAUAAAAUAAAAGUAAAUAUUUACUACAUGUCAGGUUUUCACACAAAAUCCUCUUAUGAAGGCGAGAGGUGAUGCUUUGAUUGAAAGGGUUAGUCUGUGAAGGGGGCGGGGUUUAUGCACCACGUUUCAUGUUCAUCUGGAAGGUGUGAACCGGACCGGAGGCUUGGCUUCUGCGGCCAUCCCUGGGUCCGUUUAGUUUCGUUGUAGGCAUCUGUUAAAGAUGGGUGAUCACCAGCUUUUACUGACAGAACAGGGUUGACGAGUGGAUCCAGAAGUGUCAAAUAACAGUAUUUUUUUUUUCAAAAUGUCAAACUUUUUCAUGAGAGAUCAGCUGCCGUAAACGGGGAAGUCACUAACACUCACACAGACUUGUGGCCUCAGUACUUUGUCAAGCUCUGCUACACUUGCUUGCCAUCGUUCCGCCUUGAGAAACUGCAGCGUUGUGGGUGGACUCGCUGCAGCAACGCUGACUCAGUCUCUCCUUUGAUGGAUGGAAGAGAGAAGCUGCUCUCCUCUUUGCCUUUCUAGACAGUUUUCUUUUCAGCAGCGAUUGAUCCAGGACUGAACAGCUUCUUUCUGUAACUUUAAAAGUCAUGAAAUGAGAGUUUUUUGGAUUUGCAUCGACUUCUGCUACUUCUCAGCAAGUGUUUGAACAUUUUCCUGAGCGAACGUCACCUUCUGACAGAGAAACUCUGUAGUGUGCUGUACUUUGUGCAGCUUUGUUGUGGAAUAGAUUACUUUGUACCUGCUUGUGAUGUUUUGUGUCCCUUAGUGUGUGUGUUCAGGGUUGUGUGUAUGUUCUAAGAGUGUUCACAGAUCAUUUUUCCUUUUUGUUUCCUGUCCAUAUGCUAAAGCUUCUUUCCAUUUGUCAUGCAAGUGGUUUAAGUGCAUAGACGUGCCUUCUAUGCAUAUGCCUUUGUGUAUAAAUAGCAGUCCAAGCAAACAACAGUGGUCUUUAGCUCCAGCGCCAUCCAAGAACCUGUAAUGAUUAAAUGUGAAAAGUUUCAUCAUGAACAUCCUGAACAAAAAAGGAAAACGACGAUCACAAAGCAAACAAACUAUAUAUUUUUAACAUGUAUAUUGUACAUGACCACCAGGUAAAAGAGAAUGUACUUAUUAAACAUAUCUACUUGCCAAUAAAACAUACUGUGUGACUAUU